UUAAUUUUAUCUGAUUAAAAACUGAAGCAGAGGUAAUAUAUUUAUGUGUCCAUGAAGACUUAAGAAACAACACAUUUAUGUGUACUGUAGGAAGUAGUAGUGAUUUGGUAAAUGGGGAAGAGGAAUAGUUUUCGUUUAUAAAACUUGUUGCACUUGUGAACGCUCCCUUAGUGGAAGAUACACUUUCAUGAGAAGCUUGGUUCCAGCAGCUAAACAAUCAUUGAACUGCAUGUUUUAACAGUUGGUUUUAACUGACAUUAAAACAGAAAGAAAAGGCAAUAUGAAGACCAAACCAAGCCAUGGUUUACCUGGGAAGCUUAUCAAUGGUGGCAUUGCAGGAUUUGUGGGAGUGACGUGUGUAUUUCCCAUUGAUCUGGCAAAGACUCGUCUCCAAAACCAGCAAGGGCAACGCAUUUACAAGGGAAUGUUGGACUGUUUGAUCAAGACUAUUCGAUCAGAUGGAUAUUUUGGCAUGUAUCGGGGAGCUGCAGUAAAUCUUACGUUGGUAACUCCAGAAAAAGCUAUCAAGCUAGCAGCCAAUGACUUGUUUCGGCAAAUGCUUUCUAGUGAUAGGAACAGCUUGACUAUCUUCAAAGAGAUGCUGGCAGGCUGCGGAGCUGGGAUGUGCCAAGUCAUUAUUACUACUCCUAUGGAAAUGCUCAAAAUUCAGCUGCAGGAUGCGGGAAGGCUAGUAACACAACAAAGCACGGUGGGAAAUCCCACUGCCAAUGCAGCAGCUGCUUCCUCCUCUAACUCUGCCCAAGCUCGGGCAUACUCCUCAGGUCCUGUGACUGUAGCCAGAACCAGAUCUGCAACUGCUAUAGCCAAAGAGCUUCUCCAGUCUAAAGGAAUAACAGGCCUUUACAAGGGCCUGACUGCCACUUUAAUCAGAGAUGUACCAUUUUCUAUGAUAUAUUUUCCAUUGUUUGCCAACAUUAAUAAGCUGGGACAAAAGAGUCCAGACCAGAAGGCUUCCUUCCACCAUUCCUUCCUAUCUGGAUGCAUUGCUGGAUCAGUCUCUGCAAUAGCUGUCACACCAUUGGAUGUUAUAAAAACACGUAUCCAGACUCUUCAAAAAGGAGUGGGAGAAGAUACUUACAGUGGGAUUCUUGACUGUGUCAGAAAAAUUUGGGACCAUGAGGGACCCUCCGCUUUUAUGAAGGGAGCUGGUUGCAGAGCCCUUGUCAUUGCACCCUUGUUUGGAAUUGCACAAGGAGUAUAUUUCAUUGGAGUUGGAGAAUAUAUCCUAAGCCAUUUCAAAUAACCUGCUUCAGUCAACAGACCUGCACAGAAUCAUAACAUGGUUUAUUUUAUGUACAAUUAAAAUAUUUUUCAGCUAAACGUGAUAAAUUAGUGCCCCAAACCAAAAUGAGACCAGCACAUUAGACUAUUCAAACUUAUUUUUCUGGAAAGAAAUGUGCAGUGAUGGUGUUACGUAAACAUAAUUAUGUGGACAUAUGAUACAGGUUUUGACCGAAGAUUAAAAGUCAAAUACAUUUCUCAGAACAAAAGAAAAGAUACUAUUUUAUACUGCAGCAUCAUAUUGCAUAAACACUUGAAUAAUGAUGCUUCAGCAACAUUCACAAGUGCAUUCCAGUGUGAUUUACUGAGGAGGCCAUGUCUUACUGAACUCACUUUCUGGGUUGAAAAGGUCCUGUAUAUUAUUUUGAUGGAAGCUGGAAUGGCAAUUCAUGGAGGUCUUCAACAUGAUGUUCGAUAUCUAUGGACAAAUGUGAAUGACGAAAGCCAAUUAAAGGGCACAUUCAUUCUUUACCUGUUGUUAUAUUGUCAUGCUAAAGUUAAUAGUAUUGUAAAGACUGAUUGUCAGUUUCUUUUUUUUUUCUUUUACACUAACCAUGAACUCCAAAGAGGUGUUAAAAAUGUAAGUGCCCUCAUUCUAAAAUAUGAGAUCUAUACAUUGUUUAUGAAACAAAACAAUUUUUUGUGCAAUAUGAUUGUGCAACACAGUAAUGAUGCAAUAAAAUGUGCUGCCUUUCAGUUGCAGUUUUCGAAUUAUCCAUUUUUGGCUGACCAAAUUAACAGAUGUUAUAUUGAUGCUGCACUAGGAUAUAUGGAUUAUUUGGGUCUCUAUUAUAAGAUCGAAGUUUGAAAACAUCGAACAACAUAUGGUCGACACCAUAUGGUCAAUGUCUUCAAACAUCAACCUUAUAAAACGACAAAAAAAAAAAAAAAAGAAAAGAAAAA